AUGGCGGACUCAAACUCCUCUGUUCGCAUCUCCGGAUUUGUUCUUGGUUCAUUGAUGUUUCAGCACUUUAACAGUGAUUCUGAUGUGGUAGGUAGUUAGCUAGAUAACUAAUGAUAUAAUUAAUGAUUGGAAAAAUAUCAAAGAUUAACUGCACACCUAUUAAUCAGGUGCGUCUACAGAAAAUAUGGGCAACUAACUAGCUAACGUUAUAUCGUUAGCUAACUAGCUAGCUGGCUAACGCCACAACAAAUAGAUAGGUCUGACCACAUAGCCUACUUACUCAGAUGCUGAUUAUGCCAGAGAUUGUUUAUUAUAUUUAACUAACCUUACACAUGUAUGUGCCUCAUUACAUUUUACAGGAAGGUCUCAUUCUUGGGGAGAGCAAAGCUGAAGCGAGAAGCAACAUCACUGAUUCUCAAAUCGACAACAUACAGUUUGAGCAUACAAUAAGUGAGUCAUCAGCUGUGCACUUGAAUCAUCAGAAUGUCAUCUUGGCUACAGUGUGAACUGACUUAUCUCACCGUGGUUUCUGUUCCAGACAUUCAGAAACAUAUAUCCUGUCGCAAGCUCAAUAGGUAAACUGCAGAGGUGAAAGGUUUCUUAAAAUUGUGAUUCAGCUGUGUGUGUAUUUCAACACUAUAUGGACCAUUUCUGCUAGCAGCAUGUCACUUCCAAUAAUAGUAUUUUUCUCCCUGCAUCCAAGCUUCUAUAAUAGAAUAGGGGAGGUGAACCAGGAUGAAGUAAGGUACCUUUUAUCCAACGAUAAGGAGGUAAGUGGAAUAGGACACCUUGGUAAUAUUGCUGUCACAAAUAGUGAUAUUUCAACUGAGUCCAGGGAUGUUUCCAUUUCUUUCCUAUCUUGUUUGAUAGCCAACAAAGCACACUUUUAUUCAGCCUCUUUCUAUUUAAUAAUAAUGUAUUCAACUUCUAUAGCGCUUUCAAUAAUAGAAAUCUCAAAGCGCUUCAAAAUAAAAAAAAAACGAACUCACAAACAAACAAGCAAUAUAACAUGGCAGGUCAGGUCAACCAAUAGAGGUCAAGUCUUUGAAUGCUGCAUCCUCUGCAGAUGUAGAGGGUCAGUUCAUGGCUUGAGUAGAGGGAGCUGGUCAGAAGAUGGUAGAUGAUGUUAGUGGUGGAGUCUGCUGAUGAUCUUGUAGAGGGCAAGUCAGGGAACAAACCAGACUGACUCUUAUAGCCACUGGACUUAUUUUCUUCCACUCUGUGUAGUGUAGCACCCACUUGGGUGAUGCCUCAGCAGCUCUGGGCACCAGAAAGCUCACUACACACAGUUCAGAAUAGUAGCCGUUGUCCUCUCUACAAGCCCUCUGCCUCAGCACUGUAUUCCCUGUAGCUCAGUUGGUAGAGCAUGGCGAUUGCAACGCCAGGGUUGUGGGUUCGUUUCCCACGGGGGGCCAGUAUGAAAAUGUAUGCACUCACUAACUGUAAGUCGCUCUGGAUAAGAGCGUCUGCUAAAUGACUAAAAUGUAAAUGUAUUUCUCCAUCUCAAGCGACUCCUCACAUGAUCUCAAAAUAUCAGGAACUGGCAGCCAGUUUAAAUAAAAAAAGCUGGUACAGUGCAUUCGGAAAGUAUUCAGACCCCUUGACUUUUUCCACUUUGUUACAUUAUAGCCUUAUUCUAAAAUUGAUUUAAAAAAAAAAAAAUCAUUAAUCUACACACAAUAGCCCAUAAUGACAAAGCAAAAACAAGUUUAGAAAUGUUUGCAAAUUUGUGAAAUAUUACAUUUACAUAAGUAUUCAGACCCUUUACUCAGUACUUUGUUGAAGCACCUUUGGCAGCGAUUACAGCCUCGAGUCUUCUUGGGUAUGACGCUACAAGCUUGGCACACCUGUAUUUGGGGAGUUUCUCCCAUUCCUCUCUGCAGGUCCUCUCAAGCUCUGUCAGGUUGGAUGGAGAGCGUUGCUGCACAGCUAUUUUUAGGUCUCUCCAGAGAUGUUAGAUCGGGUUCAAGUCUGGGCUCUCGCUGGGCCACUCAAGGACAUUCAGAGACUUGUCCCGAAGCCACUCCUGCGUUGUCUUGGCUGUGUGCUUAGGGUGGUUGUCCUGUUGGAAGGUGAACCUUCGCCCCAGUCUGAGGUCCUGAGCACUCUGGAGCAGGCUUUCAUCAAGGAUCUCUCUGUACUUUGCUCCGUUCAUCUUUGCCUCGAUCCUGCCUAGUCUCCCAGUCCCUCCCGCUGAAAAACAUCCCCACAGCAUGAUGCUGCCACCACCAUGCUUCACCGUAGGGAUGGUGCCAGGUUUCCUCCAGACAUGACGCUUGGCAUUAAGGGUAAAGAUUUCAAUCUUGGUUUCAUCAGACCAGAGAAUCUUGUUUCUCAUAGUCUGAGAGUCUUUAGGUGCCUUUUGGCAAACUCCAAGCGGGCUGUCAUGUGCCUUUUACUGAGGAGUGGCUUCCGUCUGGCCACUCUACCACAACGGCCUGACUGGUGGAGUGCUGCAGAGAUGGUUGUCCUUCUUGAAGGUUCUCCCAUCUCCACAGAGGAACUCUAGAGCUCUGUCAGAGUGACCAUCGGGUUCUUGGUCACCUCCCUGACCAAGGCCCUUCUCCCCUGAUUGCUCAGUUUGGCCUGGCGGCCAGCUCUAGGAAGAGUCUUGGCGGUUCCAAACUUCUUCCAUUUAAGAAUGAUGGAGGCCACUGUGUUCUUGGGGCCUUCAAUGCUGCAGACAUUUUUUGCUACCCUUCCCCAUAUCUGUGCCUUUACACAAUCCUGUCUCGGAGCUCUACGGACAAUUCCCUCGACCUCAUGGCUUGGUUUUUGCUCUGACAUGCACUGUCAACUGUGGGACCUUAUAUAGACAGGUGUGUGCCUUCCCAAAUCAUGUCCAAUCAAUUGAAUUUACCACAGGUGGACUCCAAUCAAGUUGCAGAAACAUCUCAAGGAUGAUCAAUGGAAACAGGAUGCACCUGAGCUCAAUUUUGAGUCUCAUAGUAAAGGGUCUGAAUACUUAUGUAAAAAAGGUAUCUGUUUAUGUUUAAUGAAUUUGCACAAAUUUCUAAAAGCCUGUUUCAACUUGAAAUCAAUUUUAGAAUAAGGAUGUAAUGUAACAAAAUGUGGAAAAAGUCAAGGGGUCUGAAUACUUUCCUAAGGCAUUGUACGUGUCCAGGUACAUUUUUCUAAAAAACAUUAGCCAGCUUACUAGCCAAGCAACAAAAAAAAGUUUGCCUGUCAGUCAAUGUGCAAAUCCAUGGCUCAAAACCACCAGAAAUGCAAUAAAAUGUAAUUGUCAUCAAAAACUAAAACGUUAGGUCUGAAAACAAUGAAAAAAUAACUAAAUGUACAGGAGCUCUCUGUCUAUGCUGCUACCAGGGCAACUAUCAACUUCAACUUUAUUUGACUUUCCUAUCCAGGAGAAUGUGAUUGGUUGGUAUAAACAGCGGAGAAACACAGAUCAACAAAUUACCUUCAGAGAGCAGGUAGUCCAUGAGAACCUGAAGAGAGCACUCUCCAAUCACGAGCUGAUCUUUCUGCUCCUGACACCCAGUGAGGUCACAUCAUCAGGCUCCACUCACAAACUGGAGUAUGCAGUCUACAGAUCACAUUGCAGGUCAGUACAUUCACAUUGUGAUGUCCUUCACACGGUUUUUAAUUAAACUGUUAGUGUUUUGCCAUGGGAUCUUUAGUGAGUGAUUGUAUGUUUUAAGGUCUGAACUCUCUCUGUGUUGCUCUGUCUGAGUAGUCAGUACCGCAGCGUUCCUGUCCUGGUCAGCAACCUGGGUUUGUUGGAACAGCAGGACUACUGGAGACUGUCUGCAUCUUGUUCAUCAGUCAACUACAACCGUGCUGUUUGGAAACACAGGUACUAGCUUUGCUGACCCUUGGCAUUGGUUACUAUUGACUUUGAAAAAUAUAGUCUGAGUGUGUUUGUCUGGUACAUUUACGUCAUUUAGCAGACGCUCUUAUCCAGAGCGACUUACAAAUUGGUGCAUUCACCUUAUAGCCAGUGGGAUAACCACUUUACAAUGUUUUUUUUUUUUUUUGGGGGGGGGGGUGUAAGGGGGGUAGAAGGAUUAGUUUAUCCUAUCCCAGGUAUUCCUUAAAGGAAGUGGGGUUCCAAGUGUCUCCGGAAGGUGGUGAGUGAGUGGUACCUGUAUGAGUAGUCUUCCACUUUUCUCUUUUGUUCUGUGUAGAUCUAGAUUCUUCUCCUUAGAUGGAUCCCUGCAGGAGGUGGAUGAGAUUAAUGAAAUGAACAACUCCUUGCAGGUUGAACUGAAGGUAAGUUGAAUGGAUAGAAAAGAUCAAUGAAAAACGUACAAAUGACUAUGGACAACCAUUGGUAAACGUCUGGCGUCACCUGGGAUUUCGGUUUUUCUCUUCAGAUGGCAUGUAAGAAAGUGGAGGAGAGUGAGCGAUUGGUCGAGGAGCUGCUUGAAGAUGUUUCGUCUCUAAGGAGGACUGUCAGUGAGAGGAAACAAGAGCAGAAAGAAAGUAUGACGUGACCUUCGGCUGUUCUUGAUUUCUGAAAUGUACUCUUACUAUUGAGUGUGUUAAGCAUGUUUUACUUACUUUUGUGUUCCCCAACUCAGCAGAUGGAGACUCCACUCCAGCCCAGUCUCAGGAGAAUGUACUGCUCUGUGAGGCCAUUAAGACACUGUUCCCUGGGGCAGCUCUCCUCCAAACACAGGCUCUAACCUUCCAGGGGUUCCCCGUGCCCGAGUUCUGCUGUAACACUGACCAUGGCAUAGACAUCACCACGACACUGCCUUUGAUCCUGACUCAUACAGUCCCCAAAGCCAGGAAGGGGAGGCUUGGAAGAGGCGGAGCGACGUCCUGGAGAAAACAUCCCCUUUGUGAAUCAUCCGAAGCGCCCAAGAGGAGGAAACGCAUGCUGGAGGAGACUGAGGGGUCUUCAUUGUCAGUCAGUGGGUCAGAAACCGAGGAGGAUUUGAUACCAGCCAAUCAAAACUGA